UUUUUGAAUUGCGGCGGUUGGCAUCGCCAUCUGACAGUCUGGUUGUUGGUUCCCUUUCGAUUACAAUUUGCGCAGUGUAGUCAGAAACUAACUGCUUUAAGAUAUAGAAGAUGGAAUUUGAUGUCUUCGAAAAACUAAGUGAACUCGAAACGGAGAUCCAUAUUUUGAAAAAGGAGCUGGAGGAAAAAGAUGCAUUUAUACAGAACUUGAUGGAUAAAAAUACAGAUUUGGAACGUCGUCUGCUGUCAGGUGGUCUUCAAAAUAGCACAAAUGAAGACACUGUCAAAGCAACUGUUCCUGAUGGUCUUAGUACAUCGGAGCCAAAAGCUUAUGGUGCGGUCCUCUAACAGAAGUUCAUGUCUCUCCUUAGGCACUGCCAUAGCUAGUAUGCUCAAAGAGACAUCUGACGCAGUUGUACGCAGUACGGGGUAUACAUUUGAUGAGCGUACUGGUUUGUAUUAUGAUCACAAAAGCGGUUACUAUUAUGAUCCAGAAAAUCAGUUAUUCUAUGAACCUAAGUCUGGGGCGUAUUACAAAUAUAACUCUGAAACUGGUGAAUACACUAAUUAUACAGCAUCAGAAGACGAUUCUAUGAAUACCAAAUUUAAAGAAUUCUCGCACCCAGUGUAUGCCCAUUUAUUAAAGAAAAUACAAGAACAACAUCAUAGGGAAAAGAAAAAGGAUGAUUGUAGCUGCCAUUCGAGAACGAUGUCAAGACACAGUCGGUCGACAAGCAGUGAGGUUGGACAUCGUAGACGAAGACAGAGUCGUAGCUACUCCGGUUCACGAUUUGGUCGUUCCUAUGACAAACAUAGACAUGAAAGCCCAUGUCAUUACGAUAGAUCAGUUCAUGGGCAUUCAAGAUCCAGACGGAAGUCACACAAACAUCGUUCUGGCAGUUCAUGUAGUGGUGGAAGUUGUUAUGUACGCAAGAAGCAUAGAAAAAGAAAGCAUUCGCAUAGACAUAGAUAUCGAUCAUCUUCUACUACUGGUUCUGUCUGUUCGUAUAAAAGUCGAAGUUCCGUGCGAAGAAGGAAACACAAGAGUAAAAGGAAGCGUAAAAGUAGAAGCUGUAGAAGCCAUACAAGUUGCAGACAUACUCUCCAUGAAUGCAAAGAACGUUCCAUAUCUCCAAAAGAAAUGGUUACUUCAUUCAGCGGAAAUCCUGUUGUUUAUCCACCUUGUGUACGUCUCAUGGUACUAGCAUCACAGUCAGUUCAAUCGGGACAGUUAUAUAUAAUCACAAGCCAAGAAGCAAAAUGCGGUUGGGGUUGCAUUGGCCGAUGUUCAGCAUUAUGCCCAAUAGUGAAUUUCCCAAAUGACCCUGAAAUAAGUGAGAUACACUGUGAAGUUACGUAUGAUGCUGAUUCAUGCCGAUAUACUUUAGUUAAUAAAUGUCCGGAUUUUGGAACUUCUAUAAAUGGAGUAACAUUGAAAAAGAAUAAAUCAACAAUAUUGUGUCAUGGUGAUGUUGUAAGACUGGGAUCAACUCGUCUGCUAGUUCACAUACAUAAUGGUAAUGAAACAUGUGGACAAUGUGAUCCAGAAGAAAUUAAAGCUGCCUUAGCUGCAAUAGUUGAUGUGAAUGAAACAAGAGAAUGUGAAAAUCCAAAUGAUAAUCAAAGUGAACAUAAUGAAUCUGCAACUUUAUCAACGCAUUCAAUAAAAGAUAUAGAAAGACGAGUGAAAUUGAAUGAAAUUAAAAAGAAAUAUGGAUUAAAGUUUCCACGCAUGAGAACACAAAUUAAAACUGAUAAUGAACAAUAUAUUGAUCGUGCCGCGCAACGUCGAGCUAUUGAAGCAAACUUGAAGGCAGCCGGUUAUCCUUUACCUCCUCCACCUGGUGUAAUACGACAACAACAUGUAGUCAAUAAGUGUCCGUUAAUCGCUCGACCAACACCAGCCAGUGUUUAUAAACCUAUUGGAGAUGAAAAUAAAGGUGCUCAAAUGUUGACUAAAAUGGGUUGGACACCCGGUCAAGGAUUAGGCAAGAGUAAAAUUGGGAUUGCAGAACCGAUAACUGUUAAUCUCCGAGUGAAUCCACAAGCUGGACUUGGUUCAAGUCAUAGUAAGGCAAAUGUUGUGCCUAUUGAUUCGACACCAAAAGAAUUAUCACAAGCGUAUAUACGUGCAAAAACCAAAGAACGUUUUGACAGUAUACCAUAAUGAAAUACUCAUGUGCGUAUGUAUGAUUAGAGUGCUAUGCAUUUAUCCAUUUAUUAGGUUAUGUAGUAAUGUUAAAUAUCCCUUUGAUGAGAUAGACUGGAUUGCAUUUUUGUUAUAAUAAAACCAUGAUAAUUGAUGAACUUCUCUGUCAUUGUUCUCUUUACUCACACAAUGUAAUAAAAGGGUGAGGGUGUGGGGGGG